UAUUCGUCUGGAAAAAAUAUGUUCCUGUUUCCUCUCCAUUCAUUCAGGUGACAAUGCAGCCAGGUGUGACCACGACCUAAACUGAACCUUACCUGCGUGAGAAAGGGAAACAAAGAUGUCAUCCUGACUGAUAUCCAGCUGUUUCGGGGACAAACUGAAGAGCUUUGGUUCCGUUCCUUGGCGGGUCUGAGGCUUUAAAUGUGUAAUGGACGAGAUCUGGCGGAGAACAAAGGCUGAGCUGGGGUCAGUCUCUCUUCUUACAGCCCUGCUGUUAUUUCUCAUCUGCAUCAGGCCUUCAUCAGCUGAGGAUCACGCUCAAACGCCUGAAAGCAGCGUCAGCAGCUGUGAUCAGAGCCAACCCUUUGGCCCCCCGUCUGCUCCAUACACUUCUCGGAUUGGCUCCCACAGCAUCACUUUGAGCUGGACUCCUCUGAACUGCACUGACGUGCUCUACAUUCCCCAAUGGACUGGACCCAGACAGGGUGGAGUGUGGACGCAAAAAGAGAACGUCAGAGAACCCACGUACACGGUGGAGAACCUGCAGCCAUUUUCACUGUACAAGUUCAGGAUCUGGGCUGUGGUAUCAGAGACAUACACCUGUUCGCCAGAGAGCCCCCUGUACAGAACCGAGCCGUUUGGAGUCCCCUCCAGUCCUGUUAUUGAGAGAGCGGAGAGUACCUCUGGAGAGAGUGUGGAGGUCAGCUGGUCCACUCCAGAGAGUCCAGGAGGAAUCAUUGUGGGUUACAACCUCAAUCUCACAGCUCAGGCACACGUCAUCACUGUAACCACAGGGGGCGACGUCUUCCGCACCUUGUUCUACCCAACACUGCACAACACCACAUACAGAUUCUCCAUAGCUGCUGUGAACCGUGAAGGUCAGGGAGCACCAGCCAUGGCUUAUGUGACAACACCAGCUCGAAUGGAGCAGAGCGGCGGCCGCUGGGUUUUUGCGUCCAGGCUGAAUUCCCUGAGGAGACAUGAGGAGAAUGCGGAUUUUUUCGCCGCAGCCGACUGCCUCUCUGACCCUCUCAUAGAGAGAAACAUUACAGGGGUGGCUGUAUAUCAGGACUCCAAUCAGGUCUAUUUCUCAGAGGGAAAUCGAAUUUGGGAAAAAGGGGCAGGGAAUCUUACCGACCUCUCGGACCUCAGGCUGAUCCACUUGGCCCAAGCUGAGGUCACUGCUCUGUCUGUAGACUGGCUCUACAGGAAACUCUACUACAUCUCCAACAGCAAGAUCUACAUGUGUGAGCUGGACGACUGCUCCUCUGCGGUGGACUUUAACCUCUCCUUAGCCAGCCCUCCUAAAACACUCACUGCAGAUCCAUAUAAUGGGUGGCUCUUCUUGCUUCUUCAGGAUGGAAUUCACCGCGUUUCUCUUCCUGAAGGUUUCAGCCACACAGCUAACCUCACUCAUGUGGUCAAGAUGGACUCUUUGAGUGACUUUGUGGUCAGUUUUCCCAAUAGGAGGCUGGUUUUCUACAACAGAACUGACCACACACUCUCCACUGUGUCUCUGGACGGCUCGAUGCCCAUCACUCUAUUUUCUGAAAUUGACCAUGAUGCCCAGAGUCUGGCCUAUGAGGACGGCCUCCUGGUGCUGACAGACGGAGAGAAGGUGUACAAAGAGACCCAGAAGGGUCAGGUGGCCAUUUUCGUUGAGUUCUCUAUGGACUGUAGUAUCCUUCAGUCCAGUUACAGAGGCUAUGGAAACCUCUGCUUCUCCAGCCCUUCCUCACAGCCCUGUCCACUGCCCAGGAGACCCAAAGCCCUGCAGGUUCUGUUCGGAUCAGAUAAAGCCGCCAUCCGCUGGACAAAACCAGAAAUAGCAAAUGAGACAAGCCCGUCGGCUUGGCAAAACUGGACGUACUCAGUGAGGUGGUCAGCAAAUGGAGUGUUUAAGGACAUCAGCAACAUCACAGCCACACACACCACAGUUCCAGACCUGCAGAGCAACCAGAGUUAUUUCAUCACUGUAUGGGCCAGUUCUCCGGGGGGUCACUCACAGUCUGUGGGGUUUGAGGGGACCACCCUUCAGCCAGUGGACGAUAUUCCGUUCAUAGCUGCAGUCUCGGAGGAACGUCUUUGGAGGCAAGAAAUGGACAGUUUCUUCCUUCAGUCUCUGGCUUCUACUGUGAAAGACGUGAAAGAUAUGGACUGGUACAAUGGCACAGUCUACUGGACGGACAGUUCAGGACACAUUAGCUGGAUGGAGCUGGAUGAUGUCUCUUCUGGUCCUGAAGUAUUUAUAGUGCCUCAGACCAUGAAGGCUGAUGCUGUAGCCUUUGACUGGCUGGGGCAGUAUUUAUACUGGAGCUGCAACACAAACAUGAUAUGCAGAGCACCUAAGUCUGGCCAGGAGGCUGAAGUAUUUCUGAUUACAAGCUGGAAAAUUGAAAGCCUGCUCAUAGAUUCACCAAAUGCUGCCAUCUCCUGGAGCACUGAGACCACCGUGGAGGUGUGUAGGCUCGACGGGGACGGACGAGUACUCCUCAGAGAGCUGAGCGUCUUCUCUGGGAGAAAGAUUGCUGGAGUCACUGCAGAUUUAACUGAGAGCAUCCUGUACUGGCUGGAACAGGACGGCUCAUUCUUACACCUUUACAGAGCAGACAUCAGCAGUGUGGGAUCCCAGGACUCCAGACUGACGGUGUAUCUGAAAUGGAGCUCAUCUGAGGUGUUGAAUCAGCAGCUGGCCUACUACAGCGAACGGCUCGUGUGGCUGGGGGAUGAUGGGAAACUGCGAAUUCAAGAAGUGAAUCAAAACCAGACUGUGCUCAUGUCUCCAGACAACACCGUGGCAGCUUUCACUCUUCUACAGCCAACACUCAAACCCCUUCCAGGUGGAUUUGUGUCUCCUCCUGUCGUGAUCCCGCCUGCGGUUUCAAAAGCGUCUAUCCGCCUGGAAGGGAACGAAUCGGCGUUUACAAUCCUGUGGGAGCCCAGCAGCACCGAGUUUGGCACUGUGUUCUACUGUGUCGUCUCUAAUGACCCAGAGCUGCAUGAUACACUAACAGCAAAGGUUUUGUCUGUGCCGUACUGUCCUCUGUUCAAUACAUUCCCUGAACCCUUCAUGCGAGUGAAAAACUUCAAGCCAAAUUCCAAAAUUUCAAUCACAAUAACUCCGUUUACAUACUGGGGUAAAGGUGGCUCGACAUCGCAGCUGCUCCUUACACCUUCUAUAGCAGACACCCCUUCAGCAGUAAGUGUGGAGAUGAUCGUAUUGAGUGCUAUCAUAAGUGUUCUAACAGUGCUCAUGAUCACCGUUGGAGUCAUCAUUUUUUCUAGACGGCGUCAAAAUAAAGCACCCGAGACAAACAGCCAGACAAGUCUGUACUCUCAGGACAGAGAACUGGACGAUAUCAGGGGUUUGGUGGGGCUGGGAAACGCCUGCUAUGCUGUCAGUCUGCUGCCGAUGCACAAGGAGCUGGAGUCUCUGCCUGUGUUUCCACGCGAGUGUCUGAAGCUGCAGAAGCUGUUGGGCAGCGGAGCUUUUGGGGAGGUUUAUGAGGGAGUUACUGUCAGAGACCCCCACAGUGACACCGUACCUGAGCAGAGAGUGGCUGUCAAGACGCUGCGCAACGGUGCCAGCAGCCAGGAGAAGAUCGAAUUUCUGAAAGAGGCUCAUUUGAUGAGCCAGUUUAGCCACCCAAACAUCCUGCGUCUGCUGGGUGUGUGUGUGCGGAACGAGCCCCAUUACAUCAUCCUGGAGCUGAUGGAGGGGGGGGACCUGCGCUCAUAUCUGAGGGGAGCUCGGCCCACCAACAAUCAUGGAAAACUUCUGAACUUGACCGGCCUUCUGGAUAUCAGUGUAGAUGUGGCCAAUGGGUGUGUUUAUUUGGAGAAGCUCCAUUUCGUUCACAGAGAUCUUGCUGCCAGGAACUGCCUGGUUUCAGUGAGAGGAUACGCAGAUCCUGAUCGAGUGAUUAAGAUUGGAGACUUCGGUUUGGCGCGUGACGUCUAUAAGAGCGAUUACUACAGAAAGAGGGGAGAAGGCCUGCUGCCGGUACGCUGGAUGCCCCCGGAGAGUCUGACAGACGGCAUUUUCAAUAAACAUUCUGAUGUGUGGGCGUUCGGAGUGCUUCUGUGGGAAAUCAUGACAUUAGGGAAGCAGCCGUAUCCUGCUUUCUCCAACCAGGAGGUUCUACACCACGUUAACACAAGAGGACGAUUACCAGCACCUGCCGAGUGUCCCCAGAGUCUGUAUAAGGUGAUGCUGGAGUGUUGGAGUAAGGAGCCCAGAGAGAGACCGAGCUUCCGCAGCCUUCACAUGUCUCUGGUUAAGUUGAGAGAGACGGAAACAUUAAGUGAAGAAGGAAAAACAGGCCAUGUGAACGAGGCCUACACAGAAGAUGAAGAGGAGGAAUGUAGAGGUGUCGAUGCAGAUGAGGGUUUGGGUUCAGGACUGACUCACGUGCUCAGCAACGAGGGCCUGAACUACCUCAUGUAUCGAGCAGAUGGUGAAGAAAACACAGCCACCAGCAGCAGCAGCAGUCCAACCGAUUACUCACCACCUACAGAAGAUGGAUGAGAAAAGAACAAUGCAUAGGAAAAUUGACUGAAGAUGUCCUUAAUAAAUAGUACAGCAACUGAUUUGUUGUUUAAUAGGUGUUUAUACUUGACACUCAUCUGAGACUGUGGUCCCAUUUGCAGUGGGGCUCGGCACACAGCGCAUCACGUCUAACAACUGACAGCACAUCAGUAAACUUACCACACUCAGCAAAAUUCUGAGACCACCUUAUUUCAUUUUCUUGUAAAAAUGGCUUUAUCUUUAUUGAGGAGGCUCACUUUCAGCUCCUCAGAGAACCUGCAGUCACGCCUCCAAAUUUCAGUCUGAGAAGCUGGUUGAUGAUUUCCUGAACUAAUCAAACCCAUUCAGGGGUGCUGAGGU